CACUCCGCAGUGAAGGGGUUAACGGCAGCAUGGCGCACGCGGAGCCCGCCUCCCCGAGUGACGUCAUCAGAGGGGGACGGAAGUGUCCUAUUUCCAGUCUGUGGUGGUGGAGGAUUGUUAUGGCUUCAGAAGAUGACAUUAAUCUCUUAGUAAUCGUGGUGGAUGUGAACCCGAUAUGGUGGGGGCAGCAGGCGCUCAAUCAGUCAGCGGUCACACUUCCAAAAUGCAUUGAUGCCGUUAUGGUGAUGGGAAAUUCUCAUUUAUUCAUGGGCCGGAAUAACAAACUUGCUGUAAUUGCCAGCCAUUUGCAGGAGAGUCGCCUUCUUUUUCCAGGCAAGCAGUGGAGGUGUGGAGAUUUGACUGGAGAAUCUGCUAUUCUGGAAUCUAAUGUAUCGGGCAGCAAGGAUGGCAAAUAUGAAUUACUGACGGCCGCCAAUGACCUGAUUGCCGAUGAAAUUAAAGAUCUCAUGACAAAAACUGUGGAAAUGAAAGGACAACGGACUGACACUGUUCUGGCUGGAUCUUUAGCAAAAGCUCUUUGCUAUAUUAAUAGGAUAAGCAAAGAAUCUAAAGCUGGUGAGGAAGUGAAAUCCAGGAUACUUGUGGUUAAAGCAGCAGAAGAUAGUGCGUUACAGUACAUGAACUUCAUGAAUGUCAUAUUUGCAGCACAAAAGCAGAACAUUCUCAUUGAUGCAUGUGUACUGGACUCCCAUUCUGGACUUCUCCAGCAGGCCUGUGACAUAACAGGUGGUCUAUAUCUGAAGAUACCACAAGUGAACUCCCUUCUGCAAUACUUAUUGUGGGUUUUCCUCCCUGAUCCAGAUCAAAGGUCACAGCUCAAUCUCCCCCCUCCUGUUCAUGUGGAUUACAGGGCAGCAUGUUUCUGCCACCGGAACCUGAUAGAAAUUGGUUAUGUUUGCUCUGUCUGUCUAUCAAUAUUCUGUAAUUUCAGUCCCAUCUGCACAACCUGCGAGACUGCCUUUAAGAUUUCAUUGCCACCAGUUAUGAAGGCAAAGAAGAAGAAAUUAAAAGCUUUGUUUUAGGAGGAGGUUGCUCUGCAGGUUACAACAACAAGCCUUAGAUGAACUUCUUGGAACUUCUUUAAUAUUUAACACGAUCUCAUAUUUUAAUGACCGUAUCAAACAACAGGAAACCCAUAAAUCAUGUGUCACAAAGAAAGCGACAUGGCAACAAAGGAGCAGCUGUGUCCUGAAGUGUUUAUAUUCAGCUAAUAUUACAGCUACCUGCACAAGUCAUAGGGACCAAUCCAUAGAGAAUUGCAAGAGUAUAAACCGUCCACAAUGCUGUCUUGUAUACCCAGAAGAAUAUUGCUCAUUGUGGAAUUUUUAUUUGUUUCCGUUAUUUAUACAUGCACAAUUUUUGUACAAUAAAUAAAAAUGUGGACAGUUUAUGGAUUUUUUUUUUUUGUAUACACUUUGCAGAAAAUUUUACUAAGUAAGAAAAAAUGGUAACUUUUAUCCUCAUGCCACAACCUGUAACAAAUCAC